AUGGACGUACCAAACAAUUAUCCGACCUUAUUCUGUUCUGAGCAGUAUAUUUUACCAAUCAACUCCAAUACUACUUUGGACGAUGCGAGAGGAUGUGGGCAUCUCUGGGGUGAGAAGCACAAAUGUAAAGGUUGGCCCUCAAAGUUUUUUGCUGUUGAUCCACCAAUUUAUGAGUAUGGCAACUAUGUAGGCAAGGCCGGAGCCGAAUAUUACAGUUGUGGAAGUGACUACACUCUGGAACAGACUGAAAACACGACUUUGCAGCAGUCAUGGCAAUGUGGAGUUUUCGAAGGAGCGAACGUCAAAGCAAAUUCAAGCCCCCCUAAGCUCAAAGCAUCUGUUUUUCUUUAUCUGCUUAUGUUAGUUGCAUAUAUUUUGUAG